AUGUCAACCGAGUCCCUCCCCAUAACCCCAGGAGCCUUUGCUGAAGCAAUCAAAGAGCUCCCCAUCGCAGUUCUCUACAGCAAAGUCUCUGAGCUCACAAACUCCAUCGCACAUCUGCACCGCUCGAAUGCCGAGCUCCGCGCAUUCUUAACAGAAAGCAAUGAGUCAGAAGAAGACAGGAAGGAGCUGGAGGGGUAUAUGGCUGAAAAUGAGGGUGUGGCAGUGUCUAUGAACGAGCGGAUUUUGUUACUAAAGUCCGAGGUGGAGAAUCGUGGACAGCCAUGGAUUGAGCUUGAUGAGCUUAAGGUCGACAAGGCACAGAAUGCUUUGGCAGAUGUGCUGGUGACGAAUGGAAAUCAGACUGAAACUGGGACUGGGACUGGAGCUGAGGCUGAGGCUGAGGCCACUGCAAGGCAAGAGUCUAACAAUGGGGAGGAUGAGGAUGGGGUUUAUCUGUGA